AUUCUUAAACGCGUUUCUUUAAGAUACAAAACAGGAAUAUGAUGCUGACUUAUUCAUCGUAUAAUUCAUACAUUCUUGCCUCCAACAGUCUGCUACUGAUGGCUUUUUUCUUGGUCAAUUACUACGCCACAGCAUGGAACAUGCGUGCGCUUGAAUACGUGUUGAGUUUACGCCUUGUGGUGAUGUCAGAAAGAAUUGUUUCAAUGAUUGCUUUUAUUAAUAUCUGGUAUGCCUCUAGGGGUAUUGCAAACCCUUUCUUAUCCUUUGUUGCUUUUCCUGUUAAACAAUACUACUUGACUGCUGGACCUCUUUCAACUGCACUUGAAAAAUUUGUGCAUUCUAUUCGAUCAGAAUCCAUCUCAAACAAGCCAACGCCAUCUGUACCAUCAACACCAACUACACCUGUAGUGAAUGAAGAAUCAAAAGAAGAAGCCUUUAUGAAGUUGUUUUCUAGUCCUCAAAACAAACCACAAAAACAACCUUCUUACACUUUACCACACGCUAAACCCAAAACUGGAUUAGAACCUGAUCAUUCUUUUCAUACUGUAUUUAACCAAAUGUUAUCUGCAACAACAGAUCAAUCUAGUAUUCAGCAAAGAAAUGUAGCCCAAGCUGAACUUAGGCAAUUGUUUACCAAUGAUGCUCAUUCUACUUGUACUAAGCCCAUUACGAUGACAAACAACUUGGUCAUGACAGAACAACAACAAGAACAACAAGAACAACCAUCUCAUGUGCCUAAACUUCAAUAUACACCUUGUGUUCGACCUCCUAUCAAACCCUCUCAACACCGUGAACGUCUGUUGUGGUUCUUGUCUCCUACUGCUGAAGUAGUAGAAGACUUCAGAAUUGAACAAAUGAUUCAAUUUCAACAAAACUGGCAUAAAUUCAAUGAUCGUACUUCGCGUGUACACUAUGAUAAAAUGACAGAUAUUCUAUUAAGCAAGAUCUUUAAACCUUUGGCUGAAUCCAUUCAUAUCUAUAAUGAAAUCCUUGCUUCUACAGGCCGUAAUUUAGCCAAUUGUCCUCCUAGUACAGCCAUGUUUUCUUUGAUGAUGCCUCAUACCUCUACCAUUGCUUUUAAUAUUCCUGAAAUUGAAAACUUCAUCAACAUCAAUGGUUAUGCUAACCCUGAAGGAAGACAGUAUGUCAUGGACCGUAUCAAGGAACUGGCUUCUAGUCAUCGUAUGGCUGCUUAUCGUUUUACACCUAAAGCGCAGGGUAUGCCUACAGAUGCUCAGAUCAUUAUCCAUAUCUUUACACAUUAUUUGAGUAUCAAAGAACCUUAUGCUAUUCCUCCUUUGGUUCCUGUAGAAGGCGACUUGUUCAAGUUCUUAUUAAUUUAUGUCAAGAUUACACCAGAGUUGGAUCAUUGGCGAUUGUAGAUUUUUAUAAAUAAACUAUAUUUUUUUUUUUUCUUUUUCUUUUAUUAUUUUUACGAACAUGUUCAAAAGACAGUUUCAUUCG